AUGCACUACCUCUCGCACCACCAGGGAGUGCAGGUAGCAGCAGGGAGUGCAGGAAGCAGCAGGGAGUGCAGCAACGACGAUCGUGAGGUGGCAUUGUCAUGGUCGUUUCCUAUUCUUAACGUGUUUGUCUUCGGGAGCACUGCUUCGUCCUCAUCCCUCCUUCUACCCUCAUCCUUUCUCUACCCUCAUCCGUUCCCUACCCUCAUCCCUCCCUCUACCUCAUCCUUUCUCUACUGUCAUCUCCCCUGCAACCUCAUCCUCCCUGCAACCUCAUCCCCCCUGCACCCUCAUCCCCCCUGCACCCUCAUCACCGCAUUCCCUCAUUCAGGCAUCACUGCAUUCCUUAAUUCAGGCACCACCGCAUUCCCUCAUUCAGGCAUCACCGCAUUCCCCCAUUCAGGCAUCACAGCAUUCCCUCAGUCAGGCAUCACCGCAUUCCCUCAUUCAGGCAUCACCGCAUUCCCCCAUUCAGGCAUCACAGCAUUCCUUCAGUCAGGCAUCACCGCAUUCCCUCAUUCAGGCAUCACCGCAUUCCCUCAUUCAAGCAUCACCGCAUUCCCCCAUUCAGGCAUCACCGCAUUCCCUCAGUCAGGCAUCACCGCAUUCCCUCAUUCAGGCAUCACCCCUUUCCCUCUUUCAGGCAUCACCGCAUUCCCUCAUUCAGGCAUCAUCUCAUUUCCUCAAUCAUCUGGCAUCAUCCUCUCAAUCCCCUCUUUAUGCAUACUUAUCAUGCAAGCAUACCAAUAA